UAGAUCUAAGUCAUUAUUCUUAUCUGUGCUGUGUGUCAAUUUGUCAAUAGUUAUUGUUUGUCGUAUAAUUUGUAGUAUUUUUUAUAAAUUAUCGUAAUAAACUGUAUUGAAAUGCAUUUCGGUAAUUAAAUUAGCAAUAUAUGAAAUAUGGCUACGUCACAAGAAAAUAUCGUCAUUGAUAGUUGUCAAUAUACACCAGUUUAUUUGGUACAAAAUCCUGGCGCCAUACAGGGGAGGUCGUAUGUUGUGACACAAAAUACCAUCGAAGAACAAAAACCAGUCAGCGAUAACCUAAAAAGAUUUUACGAGAACAGUGGUAUUUUAGAAAACAACAUUGCAAAUAAUGUUGUCAAUAUAUCCAAACCUCGGAUUCUCAAGAAACAAGAUAACAAAGUGGGGAACAACUUGAAAUUGGCAAGUUUCUUGUUGCCUAAAAAUGUUCAGACAAACAAACAAUAUGUACCAAUCAACAACAUAGUGUUCAAGCCGGUGACGACGACCCCCACUGCUGUUACUACAGUAGUAAACACGGUGCCAAAAGUGACAGUUGAAAGGAAAAUAGUUAAAAUGAAAAACUUCACAAAUGCUCUCAAACCUCCACAAGAAAGAACAUUGUCAAAGAUAAAACCAAAAGAGAACACACCGAGCCCCACUCCGCCUAAACACACAUCAGUUCAGUUAUUGAAACUAGGCGAAACAUAUCACAGCCUUAAUCAACUGAGCGAUGAACAGAUGAAGAUGGUCAACCAAGCGUUGAAAAUAUUUAGUGAUCCAGAAAAAAUACCUGUAGAACCAACCUAUGAUCCAGUAACAAACACACGAUUUAUAUACAAAGUUGUAUCUCCAAAAGAUUUAACAGUGGUUGGCAAGAAUAAAUUUGUUAUUAAAAAUAAGAAGGAUGAAGUCAAGAAAGAAGUGAAAAAGGUGCAAAAGAUUACAAUCGAACCAGAGAAGGAAGUACCGUUGCCCACACAAGAAUCAGAAGAAGAGGAACAUGGGACGCCAGUGGAAACCAAAGUUACAAGAAGUGGCAGAAAAGUCAAAUUUCCAAAGCAAAUAGUGCCCGAGAAUGCACCACAGAAGCCGAGGAAAAAGAGUGGCACUGUUGUGUCUUGCUUCCAAUGUUCUACAGAAUUCUGCAGUUUGUACAGACUACAAAAACAUUAUGAAAAUCAUCCUACCCAUAUACCUGCUAAGAUCCACUCCAACCUAUUCCACUGUCUACUGGCCAUCAUCAAGAGUGGGUCUGAAGAAGAUCAAGCUAACAUCUUCAUUCAACAGUUGGAGCAGCUUAUAGAAAAAAUCAAAUCACUGCUGCCUUGUUUGCUCAAAAAGAUUGACGGUUGCGAAGGGAAGUUGUGUACAGUCAAUGACGAUAUUGGCAAGUUAUUUGGCAUGAACCCUGGAAAAUACAACUUUACAAUGGACGCACUCACUUGCGUGAAAGACAAAGAUGGAUUUUGUAGGCACAACCCUCCCCCAAAACCGAAUCAAUUCAAUGCAGACCUAAGCAAGCCUUCACAGCUUUGGCUAUCAAAGCAUAAUGAAGAAAUUGCUAAUACAGAGAAUGAAGUUGACGACUGUGCAAGAAUAAAUGCAGUUGAUAAAUGGCCCACAGCCAGUAAGCGGAUAUGGAAACUGAAACAGCAGAAAUCACAAGAACUAAAAGCAAAAAGAAUAAGAAUGUCUUCAGAGAGUGAUACAGUUAUCGAGUUGGGAAUGGAAGAUUUCAUAAACUAUAAUGCACCAAAUGAACAAAGUGCAAUAAGGAUUUCUCCUAAAUCUAUAAAUAUAUUAGAUAAUAGUAGUAUAAGCAAUGAUAAAAAUAAUGAUGAUACAGUCCCAAAGGAGUCCAAUACUAUAGUAGAUAUGAAAAAUAAAAAAGGUCUCCACACACAGUUUCAUAGCACACAUUUCGAUAUACGGUCGUCACCUAUAAAGCCUUCAGCGGCUGUGUUCAAUAAGUUUCAAAUUGAUCCUGAAAAAAUUGCCCAAUACAGUAGAGUACAAAUGAUACGACCUCUAGAUCUAGAUAAGGAACAAAAUGAGACGACCCAACCACAAGAUAUUGCAAUGCAAUCAAAUGCAGAUGAAAAUUGUGACCUUCAAGACUUAUUAAGGGAUGAUAGUUUUAUAGAGUUAUCAUGUAAAGAGCCAGUUGUGACAAAUGAUAUCAAUUUUCAUACAGCUAAAGAUUGGGUAAUGGAUUCUUCGGAUGGAAAAUCGGACAAUUAUAUGAAAUCAGAUGGUCUAAUAGAACCAAGUUUAAUACACGUCAAAGAUGAUCAUCUAGAUAAAUUGCCUCUGAAUAGUGUAAGCCAAAGCGACCACUUGUCUAGUGACAAUCGGUUACAAACAGACCAAGGUCAAUCAGUAUUGAACUUUUUGGAGUCCUUAGGUAAUGAGUGCCUAUCCUACCCUGAGACUGAUAUUAAAAAUAAUACUGUUGAUUUUCAAUUAGAUUUAUUUGCAUUUCAUAAUUCAUAGUAAAUUGAAUAAAUGUAUUUAAUUAUGUAUAUGUAUUAUAUUUAAUACUAUUUUUUAAUUAGAACAAAAUAUAGAUAUAUUAUCA